UACUCGCAGCGUCUCCUCGCCGCCAUGUUGCUCCGCCCCCCGCUUGAUGAGUUUUAUGGCAAACCAAGUCCAAAACAGUACUACAUGUGGAAGAUACUAGUUGUUCUGGUGACAGAUGGCUGUCUUGGCAUUGGUAGAGGGUCCCUGCGGCAUUCUCUAGCAACUCAUAAUCAACGAAGUGAGAGCAACAGAUUUCCACUACCUUUUCCUUUCCCAUCUAAGUUAUACAUCAUGUGCAUGGCAAAUUUGGAGGAGCUUCAGAGCACUGAUUCCCUGGAUUGCCUUGAACGUCUCAUAGAUUUAAAUAAUGGUGAAGGGCAGAUCUUUACUAUUGAUGGCCCGCUAUGCCUGAAAAAUGUACAGUCUAUGUUUGGAAAACUGAUAGACCUGGCAUAUACACCUUUCCAUGCUGUUCUCAAGUGUGGCCACCUGACUGCUGAUGUGCAAGUCUUCCCCAGGCCAGAACCAUUUGUUGUUGAUGAGGAAAUUGAUCCUAUCCCUAAAGUAAUUAAUACAGAUUUGGAAAUAGUGGGGUUUAUUGAUAUAGCUGAUAUUUCAAGUCCCCCUGUUCUGUCCAGACAUCUGGUUCUACCCAUAGCACUUAACAAAGAAGGUGAUGAGGUGGGCACUGGCAUAACUGAUGACAAUGAAGAUGAAAAUUCAGCCAAUCAGAUUGCAGGCAAAAUACCCAACUUUUGUGUCCUGCUCCAUGGCAGCCUAAAGGUGGAAGGAAUGGUGGCAAUUGUUCAACUAGGUUCUGAAUGGCAUGGAAUGCUCUACUCCCAAGCUGACAGCAAGAAGAAAUCAAACCUCAUGAUGUCUCUCUUUGAACCUGGCCCAGAACCUCUCCCAUGGCUAGGGAAAAUGGCACAGUUGGGUCCUAUUUCAGACGCUAAAGAAAACCCUUAUGGUGAGGAUGACAAUAAGAGUCCAUUCCCCCUGCAGCCCAAAAACAAACGCAGUUACGCCCAGAAUGUGACUGUCUGGAUCAAACCCAGUGGCCUGCAGACAGAUGUACAGAAGAUUUUAAGAAAUGCAAGGAAACUACCUGAAAAAACACAGACAUUCUAUAAGGAGCUGAAUCGUUUGCGAAAGGCAGCUCUGGCUUUUGGUUUCCUGGAUCUGCUCAAAGGGGUGGCUGACAUGCUGGAAAGAGAGUGCACAUUGCUGCCAGACACAGCCCAUCCCGAUGCUGCAUUCCAGCUGACCCAUGCUGCCCAGCAGCUCAAACUGGCCAGUACUGGCACCACCGAGUAUGUCGGCUAUGACCACAACAUCACACCUUUACAUACAGACUUCUCUGGGAGCAGCACUGAAAGAAUGUGAAGUUGACUUUGAAAGCCUGCCUUCUUUUUUCAUUUCAAGUGAAAAAGAUUUAGGGUAAAAAUGUUCCCAGUCAGUCCACCUUUGCAGUAAGCCACCCAAAGACUUCCCUGAAGCUGCCUGUGAAGCACCAUUGGUGGUUUAAGUGACUCCACUGCAGUCUGAGAAGGGUUCUGAAGGGUGGUUGGCUGCUUUGGCUUUGACUUUAGUUUUCUGGGGCUUAGAAUCUUUAAGACUGAAAGAUAAUUGGUCCCAUAAUGCAGGCAUCUCCUGAAGGUUGAAGGACUGAGAAGGUUGAAGGACUGACAUGAGCACAGAGCUCUCUACUACUUCCUCAGGAAGCCUAACCAGCAAGGGUUCAUGGGCUUCUGGAAAGGCACCUUCUCUUCUCUCCUCUCCUCUCUAAAUCAUAAAGACAUUUCAAGCUUCUAUGCUUGCUUGGAAUGAGCAACCAAGACUGUCUGGAACUUGUUAAGCACAAGCCGGACACCAUGAGGUUUCAGAACUUCAUUUCAGAACUCUUAAAAUUUGCAAAAUCUUGACGGUAACCCUUAGGUGCUUUUGGUAUGUCUUGAGAUACAGAUUUUUGAACAAUGACCAUAUGUUCAGAAAAUGAUUUGCUUCUUCAAAACUUUUUUAAUGAAAAUAAAAUACUUGA